AAUCGAUGUAUUACUUAUGUCUCUAUGACAAAAAAUGACAGAGUAUUUUAAGUCUGUUUUGCUGCAAUGUGAAAAAAAACCUGCAAAACGCGCCGGCGCGUUUUUAGACCUCAGAGUGUUAAAGCUAUGGUCUACGAUUUCAAAGAUUGUUCAUUAUUAAUAACCUCGUUUAGAUGCUGGUUAUGGUUCUACAGUACAAUCCUAACAAUAUGAAGAGAAAAAAGAAUGAAAAAAAUCCAUUCACUCUAUUGGGUGUACACCCGCAGAGAAAUUGACCAAUGUAAGCUGUCCGGCCGGACAGCUUACAUUGGUCAACUGCUCUCAUCCAAUCCCCCGCUCCGCUUGAAACUCCACGUGGCGCUCGCGUCUCCACCCCACCGCACCCCACCCCACCCCGCCCCCUCCUGCGACAUGAAAUUUCGCAGGCAAGCAGCUGACAGUCUAUGGUAGCUAGCAAAGUAGCAUCAGCUCAACAACGGAGAAAAAACAAACCAAAAGCAGCAAGCGGCCCCUGCUUGCCCUUACAGUCACGGCUGACUUUUUGUUGAGCAGAAGGUGGCGGCAACCAGUCGACGCUGUGUGCCAACUGCCAUAAAGAAGAAGAAGAAGGUUCAAAUAAAUAUUAGCUUGGGUGAUUUCAGAGUCAAUUAUGGAAGACGGCAUUUUGAUUUUAAGUUCAUAAAUGGAGUAUCGAAAAUAUCUUACCACGGGUGCAGCAGUUCCUGCGCGAACAGCACGUCGAUGGAAAAGGUCAGCGGCAUGUUCAGGCUCCCCAAGGAGAAAAAAAGUAUGUGUUUCUGCUGUUACCCUAAGUGAUCCUGCACGCAUCUCCUGUGGUCCUGCACUCGACUCACUUAAUCCUGAUCCUGCACUCGUCUCCUGUGGUCCUGCACUGAUUUCACAUGGUCCUGAUCCUGAUCCUGCACUCGUCUCCUGUGGUCCUGAUCCUGAUCCUGCACUUGUCUCCUGUGGUCCUGCACUGAACUCACAUGGUCCUGAUCCUGAUCCUGCACUCGUCUCCUGUGGUCCUGCACUGAACUCACAUGGUCCUGAUCCUGAUCCUGCACUCGUCUCCUGUGGUCCUGCACUGAACACACAUGGUCCUGAUCCUGAUCCUGCACUCGACCGACAUGAUCCUGCACUCGUCUCCUGUGAUCCUGCACUGAACUCACAUGGUUCUGAUCCCACACGCGUCCCCUGUGAUCCUGCACUUGUGUCGCCUGAUACUGAUUCUGCACUCAUUAGUACUAUAUCGGUCUGUGAAGAACCUCCACUCUCAUUCAUACCACCAGUCCACCAAACCUCUACAAACACUUCCUGUGCAUAUGGGCAGGUACGGCAAACUGCUACUGUCGAGGAUACAAGAAAACAGCAUGAGUUGCUUCUUCUUGCUUUAAAACUCAAGCAUGGACUGACUGAUGAAGCUUUAGAAGACACACUUAAAGUUGUUAAUGUUAUAAGUCAGAGGCAUGCUGUGUCAUUUGCAUCACUUUUGAUGACUUGAAAAGAAAUAUUCAGUUUCACUACAUAUGUGAGGGAUGCACAAUUUCUGUAAACAUUGAGGGAGAAAAAGUGGUUUGUCCUAACUGUCAAUAUUCUUGUAGUGUAGCCGAUCACAUGAAACAGGGGCACUUCUUUAUUGUUUUUCCACUAGAAUCACAAUUAAGGAAUAUGAUGGAACAAGAGGAACUCUUCAGCCAGUUGACUAGGCCUAACAGUGCUGCUCACUCUAGUCCACUGACAGAUAUCACUGAUGGUGAGCUUUACAAGAGGGUUAACAGAAAUAUUGAAGGCCAAUCUGAGCAUCACGUCAAUCUCACACUAACCUUUAGCUGUGACGGGGUACCUGUGUUUAAGAAAUCUUCUUACAGUAUUUGGCCACUUCUCUAUACAGUCAAUGAAUUACCACCUGAUUUGAGAGCAAAACAAGUGAUGUUGGCAGCCUUAUGGUUUGGUCCAUCAAAGCCAAACUGUAACACAUACUUAUCACCAUUUGUGAAAGAAUGCAAUCAAUUGCUUACUCAUGGGUUUGAGUGGAUCAGUGUAAAUGGUAUUCAUGGCCGGUCCAAAGUAUUUCCCUUGGUUGCAGUAUGUGAUUCUGUUGCGAGACCGAUGAUUCAAAAUUUUAAGCAAUUCAAUGGAGAAUUUGGAUGUUCCUACUGUUUACAAAAAGGUACAGUCGUUGAGAAGGGUCAAGGUCAUGUACGGGUCUAUCCUUUUGAGUCUGAUACUAAAAGCAGAAAUCAUGGUAGCAGCCUAGAUUUUGCUCGAAAGGCUAUAGAAAAAUCGCACUACUGUGAAAGGAGUGAAAGGACCGUCUAUUUUGUCCUUGAUCCCAUCAGCUGACCUGAUACAAGGUUGCGUACCUGACUACAUGCACGCCUGUCUUCUUGGUGUUGCAAGAUCUAUGACUUAUAUGUGGGUUGGAAGUGACAAUCAUGAAAAUCCAUGGUAUGUAGGAAGAUGUAUCCAAGUGAUUGAUCAAAAACUUCACCUUAUUCAACCACCCUCCUGUGUCUCCAGAGUGCCUAGAUCACUGCGAGAGAGAAACUAUUGGAAGGCGCAUGAGUGGUACAUGUGGCUUUUCUACUAUAGCAUCCCAGUGCUUAAAGGGAUCUUACCAGAGUGCUAUCUAAUCCACUGGACACGGUUUGUGAAGGCUUUGGCAUUGCUCUUAACUGAAAGUGUCACCUUGCAACAAAUUCAGGAAGCAGAUAUCAUGCUUAGGAGAUUUGUGAUGGAAAUGGGGGAUCUCUAUGGUAUACAAAACAUGUCCUAUAAUGUCCAUCUCUCUCUUCACCUUGCACAAAGUGUGCGAAACUGGGGUCCUUUAUGGGCUCAUUCAGCUUUCACAUUUGAGUCAUAUAAUCACAGCCUGCUCAAAAUGAUCAAGAGCACACAAGGGGUCCCUUUGCAGAUUGCCAAAACAUUUCAGUUACAAAAGGGUCUGCCCAUAUAUGCCAAGAAAACACUGUCAAAUGCAUCCUCUGAAUGCAUUUCGGCCUUUGAAGACUUAGUCCUACACACACCCAGAGUGCAAUAAGGUGUAAAGAGGUCAUUGCACUUGGAGGCAGACAUGAGAAAGUAAGACUUGAGCAAGAUGACUACCUUGCCCUUCACAAUGUAGCUAAUCACAUAGAGAGAGAACUUCUUGUCAGUUACCGUGACAGGGCAGUAAUUAAUGGUGAAGUUACGCACUCUAAAAGACAUUCGAGAGAGAGAAAGAGAAACUCGCAUGUUGUAGUCCUCACAGAUAACAGUAUUUUCAGUGUUGAUAAGUUUGUUGUUGCAGACUUAGUAAGUGGGGAACACUGCUAUGCCAUAGGACAUUAUUUUGAAACAAAGCGACACAGUUUUUUUGCUUCAUUGUCGAACCCACACCACUUUGUUGCUGUUGGCAAAAAGUUGGGGCAUCUGACAGCUGUUCCAGCUGCAGUUAUUCAGAGAAAGUGUCUCUUUAUGAAUCUUCCAAACCUGAAGGUUAAUUAUGUUUUUAUGUUUUUGAAUCGUAAUGAGUUGACGAAUUGAUUAAAAAAACGAAAGGGGUCAUAGAAUGCAAAACAUUUUUUACCCAUGCAGACCAAAUGGUGAAAACACAUUAUUCUUUAUAGAGUUUUCGCUUGUCAAUGAAAUGCUAAAUGAUAGUUAAAAAGAAUAUUGUCUAACUCUGAAUACCUUGACAUGAAUUGUUUGUACUUGUCAAAAUGUCAUGUAAUGAAAUGCCAGUUAAUAAUAGAAAUGUUGUAUUUACUUGUCUGAAUAGUUUGAAAAGAUGAUACUUAAUGUCUGAAUACCUCAAACACCAAUAUUUAAAAUAAUCAAAAUGUACUGUUUUAUAUAUUAUAUCUGAAUGUCUAUAGUUGGAGAUAUUGUGUCUGUAUUGU